AUGGUCCAUGUAGAUAAGACUCUCAGGGGGCAGAAUUGGGACAGGGAAGGGGUGUGGGUGAGGACAGGGGGAGCCCUGGCCCCCAAUACCUCCUCCCCAUCCCUCCCUGAGCUUCCAGGCACUUCAGGCAGCAUGAUGCUGGUCUAUUGUGCCCUCCUGGCUACUGUGGUCCUUGGUCUACUGGCCUACGUGGCCUUCAAGUGCUGGUGCUCACAUAAACAAGGGCAGCAGCUGGCCAAGGCUCAGACUGCAGAGCUAGGGGGCCUCAACAGGGACCAGAUGCACAGGGAUAGCACUAUCUUCCUGGACUCACCUGGUGGCCUGCAGGCCAGCACUCCAGCCAGAGGGCCAUAUUCUGAGCUUGAGUGCCCUCAGCAGCAGCAGGAAGAAGUAGAGUGGCUGUUGGAGGUGUCUGGCAAACUGGACAAGGGUUGGCAGGGCCUGGCAGGCCACCUGGGCUCUCAGGCUGAGGCUGUGGAGACCAUGGCCCAGGGCCAGGCACCAGCCUACACCCGGCUAAGGGACUGGACUGUCCAGGAAGGCAGCAGAACCACCCUCAGGGUGCUAGAGGACACCCUGGCUACCAUGGGCCGUGAAGAUGUGGUUCAGGUCUUGGGCCUCUGGGCUGAUGGCUGCUCUGUGGUGUGAGAGAUGCCUUCACAGCCUGGCCUCUCAGAGAAUCAGCUCUGGUACUUCCUACCU